AUGGACGAGGACGAUGGUGGAAGGCUUACGAGCCAUUGGGUGUGCUGCGCAAUGGUUGCACGUCUUGCACUCCCCUCGGCUAUUGGCGCUGCCAUCUUCAGUGUUCUAGUCGUUGGUGUUUCAAUAUAUCUCGUCAUUUAUCUCAUGGCUCUCGCCGCAAACGCUCACCUCGACGUGGCCGACGCAAUCGUGCCGUGCUCUGAAGUGGUCAAAAAUAUCCAGCCAACAUGCUGGUAUGCGCUGACGGUUGCGGUCAUAUCGUCGCUCUUUCGGAUUUCUCCAGAUGAGGUAUUCUUCGCGAUUUUUGAACAAUGGUUACGACAUCAGUCCUCAAGUGGUGAGUGGACAUCUUACAAGCAAUUCGUCGCAAAACAUGUUGUAUAG